AGGUGGUGAAUGGUGGCACAGAUGAAGAGGGCUCAGCCAAGGAGCACCCAGCAGGGGAGGACAGUUCUGAAACCAGCUCCAGCAGUAGCUCAGAAGAGGAAUCAGCUGAAGAGCAGGAGGAGAAGGAAUCAGUGCCAUGCUACAAUGAAUCAGGAGUGAACUGUCUGCCAUCCUGUGAGCACUGCAGGAAUGAAAACGACCAGAAGGAGCAAGUGACCCCUAGGAGACUUGCUGGAGGACAACAUGUGUUGCAGCUGGAUGGAGAGGGGACGUACCAGUGCAGCCUCACAGGCUUGAUUUUUGAGGUAACAGGAGCCGUCAAAAUCACGUAUUCCCUCUUGUCCUGGAGCAAAUACGCCAGCCUGGUGGAGAAGCCCUGGAUCGUGGGCGGCCCCCUCUUCGACGUGCACUGCAGCUCGCCCUCGGCUCUCACCUCCCUCCAGCUCCCCCACUCGCUCUGCCUGGGCGAUCAUGCCGCUGGCAUGGCCUUCAAGGUUCUGCACGUCAAAGGGGAGGGCGCAGCCCUCGAGCCCUCCGCCGACUACUCGGCGUCGCACGUGAGGUGGUUGGUGAGCUCCCUGUCCCCCGUGGGGCCGCUCAUCCAGAGCCCCGAGCCUGUGCAGUACCACGGCGCCGUCAUCCUCUACAAAGUCGUCGACCAACAUCCCUCCUUGUCCUUUCGGGUCUACGUGGCGACAAACAAUGACUCCUUUAUAAAGGAUAUCUCAAGAGCUGUAAAACAUUCAAAUAAGAAAUUUGUUAAAAUUGACAAGCCCCCUGUAUGCCAAAAAUUGCUUCAGAAAGGGAAGAGGUAUAGAUUGGUUUGUGAGCCAGAAGCUGAAAUUACUCCAGAGGAAAUUGAAUUUGUUGAUGGAUCUCUCUUGAAACUAAAAAGUUACAUUGAAGUCUAUUUGGAGAAACCUGAUGACUUCACCUUGUCUUUGGUUGAGCUGGAGUCUGAUGCAACCGUGUGGAAAGCAAAGCUAAGAGAGAGUGACUGGAUACAUUAUGAACAGAACAGAAGCAAGCAGACGAGGUGCACAGGCAGCACCAAAAAAAGGAAACCAGACUUCAACAUUCUGGAAGAAGAUGAGCCCCAUAACAAAAAGGAAAAGCCCAGCAAUAUUGCAGAUGGAAACGAGACAAAACACUUAACGGACCAACAGCUGAUUGUGAUCGCAAGGUUGUUUGGUAAGAGGUGGAGAGAAAUCGCCAUUGAGUGUCUUCAGAUGGAGAUGAAAGACAUUGAGCAGAUUCAGGCCGUGGAGGAUGAGGUUAACAUGCAAAAAUUUCUGGUGUUAGCCAAGUGGAGAGACAGAGAACAAGGCAAUGGGACUGCAGAAGCUUUGCACAGAUGUCUCCGUGAAAAAGCGUCCUACGAGAUCCUGCAGGUCCUACAAGGCUUCUCCUCAGAGAGUUUACCAGAUACCUAG